CUGCCUCCUACAGUUAAGGAUCUAGAGUGAGAGUUUCCGGAGAGCUUUAACUUCAGCUCAAAGGGCCACGUUUGUUUUGAAACCCUAAUCUGCCUCAAGCGAUUAGAGUGAGGCAGUGAUCUUUUUCCUUUAGAGAAACUGUGGAAACCUAGUGGUGCACUCACGAUGGACAAGGACACAACUACUAAAGAGACGGACGAACAAGGUGUCUCAAACCCAGAUGAGAUACAAGGUGAAGAUAAUCAGGAAAUUAUGGCCACGAUCAUUCAAAAACAGAUAGAAGAGAUCAAGCUGGUGGAUGAAGAUGCACUGAUUGUGCAGGAUGAUGACAUUGACGCAACUUUGGUUCACGCGAUUAGUCUGCUAGGGUUGACAUGAAGAGUCGUGUCGUCCAAGAAUCCAAACCUGAAAUCCAUGAAGAUAGCUCUUUCAAAAGCAUGGAGCUUGCAGCAAAAUUUUGAGAUAUUAGAAAAAGGUGAGCAACAGUUGUAUGGAUUCCAGUUCAUGAACAAAAGUGAUAGAGACAAAGUGUUUUUUGGAGGACCCUGGCAUUUUGAUAAUAGCAUGAUCAUAUUCAAACCAGCUGAUGCUUUUGAGAUUGCCAAGGCGGAAGAUCAUAAUGUAAUGGAAAUAUGGAUGCAAAUCUAUAAUCUCCCUCCGGCUCUACGAACCAAUGAGAUGAUUCACAAAAUAGGAGCAAAGUUUGGCACCCUUAUAUGGGUCAACAGUAAAAAGAAAUGCAUUUGGAACAAUGUCAUGAGAAUAAGGGUAGGAAAGGAUAUUAAAACCCUACUCAAGAAGUAGCUGAAACUCAACCUAAAAUGGACCCUACAAACCUAUGAAGUGAAGUACGAGAAACUACCCAUGUACUGCUUCUCUUAUGGGUUGAUUGGGCACCCAAAAUUAAACUGCCGGAACCCAGCACCAAAAGGACAGGAUGUUGUAGGACCAGAACUAAUAGUGAAUUUGUCUAAAACCAAAACAUGGCAGAGUAGGUUGGAAAGAGAAGAAUCAGGGGAACUAUGGCAGGCUCUGAGGGCUAAAUUUGAUCAAGAAGCGGUAACAACAAGGUUGCAAUUAGAAGAGGCUGAAUAUAGAAAAAGAAGAAACAAUGAUGAUAUUGAUGAGGUGGAGCGAAGACUACUUAUCCAGAAAGCUGGUAAUGAACUGGCGAAACAAAAGCCCGUGCGUAAGCCUAGAGAAGGUUUUGAAAGAGAACAAUGACAGGGAUCAGCGGAGCAUAUCUGGCAUUCAAGAAAUACCAAAGAAGGAGAGGAGAUUACCUCAGCAAAACUGAAAGAGGUGAGGACAACAGAUGGACCAGCUAUCAAAGAACACCAAUAGGAUGCUCAGUUGUAGGGGCUCUCAAACCUUGCUAUUAAUCUAGGUUGUCUACCACAGAAAGACCAAUCUCUGAAAAGACAGAGCCACUGGAAAAGACAGAACAUGGAUAAUCCCACAUUAGACCAGGUACCGCAGAUCAUGCUAACACCACAGAAAAGAGCUUUGGAGCGGAACUGUGAUGAAUUAAAUGAUUCCCCUAGCAAGAAACAAAAGACAGCUACCACUAAAAUUAUUAAGGAUGGCGGAGAGGCAGUCCCAUAUCACCAUACUUGUUCCUUCUUUUUGCACAAGGCCUAUCAGCUCUAACUAAACAAGCUGUGGACAAUGGCGAGAUAAAUGGAAUCAAAGUGAGUAGAAAUGGACCUGAGCUAACCCAUUUUUUUUUUUUUUUUGCAGAUGAUAGUAUCUUCUUUUUUGAAAAUACUAAACAAGAAGACGAAAAAUUGAAGCAAAUUCUGGAGACCUAUGAGCUGGAAUAAGGCCAACAAGUUAGUUUGGAAAAAUUUGAGUUGUCCUUUAGCAUAAACAUCAAAGAGGAACAGAGAAAUGAAGUGGCUACAGUCCUGGGAAUGAAGCAAGUUACACACCACGACAAGUAUUUAGGACUUCCUACUGUGAUUGGGAGAUCGAAAAAAGCAGUUUUUAGCCAGCUCAUUGAUAGAGUAAGGAAGAAAAUAAAAACUUGGAAGAGCAAAUUCAUGUCAGCAGCUGCGAAAGAAGUAUUGACAAAGGUUGUGGCCCAGGCACAAACUCUUUAUGCAAUGUCUGUGUUCUUAAUCCCACAAGGGGUGAUCCAAGAAAUUUAAAUCCUAAUUGCAGGGGUUUGGUGAGGUAGGAAGCAGGAAGAGAAGAGAAUUCAUUGGAUGAGCUGGGAAAAACUAUGCGAACCUAAAGCUGAGGGUGGAAUGGGGUUUAGAGAUCUACAUGCUUUUAAUCUAACACUACUGGGACGACAGGUAUGGAAUCUACACAAAAAUCCUACCUCCCUAGUAGCUAGAGUCAUGAAGGCAUUUGGUGGGAUAAAUGGAUCCCAAAGGCAAAAGGAUUUAAAGUAUCAUCCCCAGUUGCUGGACUAAGUUGGAAUGCUAAGGUGGAAGCUUUGAUUGAUAGGGAAACUGGAAGCUGGAAGAGUAACCUGCUGCAAAGCUGCUUCCAACCAGAAGAUAGGAAGAGUAUUCAGCGGAUGCCAAUCCCACUCCAUCCCAGGCCAGAUAUACAGAUUUGGGGCGUGGAAAAAUCAGGAAAGUUCUCAGUGAGAUCUGCCUACUUCCUCAGUAUGGAAAGGAAACGAGGAUCAGAGGGGAAAGUUAUGUACCCAUUAAUUGAAAGUAACUAUGGCAUUUAAACUUACCACCUAAAGUGCGGGUGUUUCUAUGGAGACGGGGAAGUAAUAUACUACCUACGAGUGCAAAUCUAAUGAGAUGAAUUAAGGAUGCAAAUGAUAGCUUCCCAUUCUGUGGUCUUACUGAAACCCAAGAACAUAUUACACGAGACUGCGACUGGACAGGUAGGGUCUGGAGGCCUAACUCAAUCAGCAAAAUAUUCAAUAUUCAGUUGGAGUAUGGAUAGAUCUUGCGAGGAGUGGAUAUGUGAAGUAUUGGAAAAGGCAAAUGAAGAAGAACUAUGUGACUUUAUUAUGGCACUCUGGUUUCUAUGAAAGGAGAGGAAUAACCACCUUUUCAACAAUCACAAGCUUGAAGAAUGAGAAAUCUUUGUCAAAUCACAUAAUGUCCUAGAGGAAUUUUGGGCAGUGCGAGCGAAAGGAACUACGAUUCAAGGGCAAAAGCCGAUAUACAGAUGGGUAAAGCCAGAGGCAGGCACUUACAAGGUUAAUGUCGAUGCUGCUACUUUUGCUGAAGGAGGAACCGGUUAUGGAAUGAUCAUCAGGGACGGCGACGGAACCUUCAACAUGGUGGAGGUCUCCCGAAUGCGAACAUCCUGGACACCAUAAAUUUUAGAGGCUCGGGCCAUGCUAUGGGCGAUGCGUCCCGCUCUUGCCCAUGACUUUAACCCGAUCCUACUGGAAUCUGAUUGCAAAACCCUAAUUGACAAGUAACUGAGAAAUCAAGAAUCAGAGAUGGAGAUUCAUACUGUCUGUAGAGAGAUCAAGUUGCUGGUGGAGGAAAGAGGAGGAGUGAUGUGGAGAUUCUGGGGGAGACAAGGUAAUGAAUGUGUCCACCAAAUGGCCCGAGUACGGUGUCGUAUGGAGGAAACGAAGGUGUGGCUUGGAAGACCCCAUGUUUUUCUUUUGUCUCAGUUAAAAUUGGAUUGUAAGGACACCAUUUUAGUUUAAUUGAAGUUCCAGAUGAGUUAUAAAAAAAACGCUUACUAAUUUACUCUCAUAUAGGAGAUUUUUUUGACCGACCAUUGAAACAGUACGAUUUUACAAAAAAUUAUUUUCAAAACUAAAAAUGACUUUAUUUU